CAAUAAUAAAUACAUAUUUAAAUAGCUACGAUAAUCGUUUGGCUGCAGACCGCUUGCUGGACCGCCCGGGCGGAGCGGAGCAGGUGAUGUUAUCAUCGCCCGUGCACCACCAGCCUCUCCCGUAUCACCGCCUAUCCCAGCUUCAUCGUUUCUCUCUGCACUGCACACCACAUCUUCACUUUGUCCCCCCAUAAUUAAACCUCUCCCACCGGCUUUCCCACACAAGGUUGACAGUUGGUCAGGCGCUGGUGCUUUCCAUCCUCUAGUACAGGCUGUCUUGUCUUUCUGCAUUUUCCGAUUCUCACACACAUUUCCUCCCCGACAAACCAUGGCGUCAAGAAAGAAGGUCUUGCUGAAGGUCAUUAUCCUCGGCGACAGCGGUGUUGGAAAGACCAGUUUGAUGAAUCAAUAUGUCAACAAGAAAUUCAGUGCGAGCUACAAGGCGACGAUCGGUGCCGACUUCCUUACGAAGGAGGUGCUGGUGGAUGAUCGUCUGGUGACCAUGCAGAUCUGGGAUACUGCCGGUCAGGAAAGGUUUCAGUCGCUGGGUGUCGCAUUCUACCGAGGAGCUGAUUGCUGCGUUCUGGUUUACGAUGUCAACAACUCGAAGAGUUUCGAGGCGCUGGAUAGCUGGCGCGAUGAAUUCCUCAUUCAGGCUGCCCCGAGAGAUCCAGAGAGCUUCCCAUUCGUGGUAUUGGGAAACAAGAUUGAUGUCGAGGAGAGCAAACGGAUGAUUACGCCGAAACGCGCCAUGACUUACUGUCAAUCGAGGGGCAAUAUCCCGUACUUUGAGACUAGUGCUAAGGAGGCAGUGAACGUGGAGCAGGCUUUCGAAGUGAUCGCUCGUAGCGCGCUGGCUCAGGAGGAUGCUGAGGAGUUCAACGGCGCAGAUUUCAAUGACCCCAUCAACAUCCAGCUUGAAAACGACCGGGACAGCUGCGCCUGCUGAUGCGCCAACCGGGUUGUGAUUGCUUUCCGUUGCACGUCUGGAUCUGAAUACCUCUGAUGUCUAUUUCCGCGUCGAUCCAUCUCCUUUAGCAUUGCACGUCCAUGAAAAUCCGAGUUUCGGGAGGUACAGUCGGCCUAAUGAUAAUACGACCGCUUUA